UCACUCUUCAAAUAUAUAUAUAUAUAUAUAUAUAUAUAUAUAUAUAGGCAUAAAUCUUCACACACAAAUAUGGGUUUUUUGUGUUUUCUUGUUUGUGCUGCUGGGUUUACGAAUUACGAUCGAAGAGUAGUUUUUUCUGUUCUUGAAUUUUUGAUAGUAAUAUGAGCUUCAGUUUUGCAAGAGAAGACUGAAAUGAAGAUCGCCAAGUUCUUGUUGUUUCUUCUUUCUCUAAAUACCGUCUCUAAUUUAGUGACUUCUGUGGGGCCGCCGACAUGUCCUGCCGAUAUCGAAAGUAAUUGUGGUGGUGGUAGUGAAUGGGAAGGGGAAUUUUUUCCGGGCAUUCCAAAUAUUAAAUAUGAGGGACCUUCGAGUAAGAAUCAUCUAUCGUUUAAGUGGUAUAAUGCCGAAGAGGAGAUUCUUGGUAAAAAAAUGAAGGAUUGGAUGAGGUUCAGUAUUGCAUUUUGGCAUACGUUUCGAGGAACAGGGGCCGAUCCAUUUGGUUCGCCGACAAAGAAUUGGCCAUGGGAAGACGGCACUAAUUCCUUGGCAAUGGCAAAACGAAGAAUGAGGGCGAAUUUCGAGUUCAUAGAGAAGCUCGGAGUUGAUAAAUGGUGCUUCCAUGAUCGGGAUAUUGCUCCCGAUGGUGAAACGAUCGAGGAAUCAAAUGCUAACUUGGAUGAAGUGGUGGCUCUUGCCAAAAACCUUCAGGGGACGAAGAUUCGUCCUUUGUGGGGCACAGCUCAGUUGUUCUACCAUCCUAGAUAUAUGCAUGGAGCUGCAACUAGCCCUGAACUAGGAGUAUAUGUAUAUUCUGCAGCACAGGUCAAGAAAGCUAUGGAGGUCACACAUUAUCUAGGUGGAGAAAACUAUGUUUUUUGGGGUGGUCGAGAGGGUUAUCACUCUCUUUUGAACACCGAUAUGGAACGAGAGCUCAAUCACAUGGCAAGGUUUUUCGAAGCUGCAGUUGCUCAUAAGAAGAAAAUUGGGUUCAACGGAACAUUGCUAAUCGAACCUAAGCCCCAGGAGCCAACAAAGCACCAGUACGACUGGGAUGCUGCAACAUCUGCUAACUUCCUCCGUAAAUAUGGAUUAAUAGAUGAAUUCAAAUUGAAUAUCGAGUGCAACCACGCAACUCUAUCCGGUCACAGCUGCCAUCACGAAAUCGAGACUGCAAGAAUUAAUGGUCUAUUGGGGAACAUUGACGCAAAUACCGGCGACCCUCAAAUUGGUUGGGAUACGGACCAGUUUAUGAUGGAUGUAGGAGAGGCGACAUUAGUUAUGCUCUCCGUUAUUAAAAAUGGAGGAUUGGCUCCAGGUGGAUUCAAUUUUGACGCAAAACUGCGAAGAGAAAGCACAGAUGUUGAAGACUUAUUUAUUGCUCACAUUGCUGGUAUGGAUACUCUAGCACGUGGUCUCCGAAAUGCUGCUAAGCUUAUCGAGGAUGGUUCGUUGGAUGAGCUUGUACGCAAGAGGUAUCAGAGUUUCGACACGGAAUUAGGGGCCCAAAUAGAGGCUGGCAAGACGGAUUUCGACGUGCUCGAGAAGAAGGCUAUCGAAUGGGGUGAACCCAAAGUUGCCUCUGCUAAGCAGGAGUUGGCUGAAAUGAUAUUCCAAUCUGCACUAUAGAUGGUGGGGGAUUUAAUUCCAAGCCCCUUUUUUUCACCUCUUAAAAGUUAGAAUUACUUAAUGUGAUGUAAAUUUAUUGGAGAUUAUGCAAUAUAUUGUUUUUACCCGAGACUAUUUAUAUGAAAAUUACGUGUGUGUGUGUGCGCGCGUGCUCGCGCCCUGCUAAAACUUUUGUAGGGAAUCGAUUUUAUGAUUUUAUUU